UUGUUGUAGUGAAACACUUUUACCGUCAAAGCUUCACAAAUCUAGGGUUUUUGCACCAGUAGAAGAAAUGGGAAAAGGAACUGGAAGCUUUGGAAAAAGAAGAAACAAGACUCACACACUCUGCGUCCGAUGUGGACGCCGAAGCUUCCAUCUCCAGAAGAGCCGUUGCGGUGCUUGUGGCUACCCAGCCAGCCGCAUCCGAAAAUAUAAUUGGAGUGUGAAGGCUAUUAGAAGAAAGACGACCGGGACUGGCCGUAUGCGGUACCUCCGUCAUGUGCCCUGCAGAUUCAAGACUGGCUUUAGAGAAGGUAAUCAAGCAACUCCGAGGAAGAAGGCAGUUGUUGCUGCUUCGUAAGUUAAUCGCUGUGUUUUUCUUUUGAGAUUCCAAUAAACUCAAGUUUUGUGUUGUUAUCAACUGUACGUUACUUUUAUGUUUCAAGUAAUAUUUACAAAAUGAUAAGUUCCAUUUUAUCUUGUGA